GACGCGUCUGAGGAGAGGCCGUCUCCCGAUUCCGUGAGGAGGAGGAGGAGGAGGAAACCUGGGCCCUCCCACCUCAAAGUAGUGUUGGCUGAGGGGAGAACUCUGCCCAAAGUCUGGACAAAGCAAGCACGAAGAAAGCAAAGAAGUAGGGUAUAAACAAGGUCACUCACGUGAGAGAUGGAGCAGCAGCCAGAGAGGAUGAAAACCUUGGCUUUCCUGGCCGACUUGGGCAAACCUACUCUUCGGGGCAUCAAGAAGUGCCCCAAGUGUGGCACCAUCAAUGGCACUCGUGGACUGAGCUGCAAGAACAAAAGCUGCGGUGCUGUCUUCAGAGAUGGCGUGCGGAAGCAGCAACCCAGCAUUGACGCCGUUCGCAUAGUCACCGGAUCUGCUUCGCAGGUUUACUCAGUGAGGCUUCGCGACCGAGGACCUGAUUACCGGGGCUUUGUGGAACUUGGCACGACGGAGGCAAUUCAGACAGUCGACGGCACCAUCAUCACGCACGUGACCGGCCGCUGCCUAGUACCCACCUGCUUCAAAGCCUCCUCGCAGGAGGUCUCUGAGAAUCAGUGCCAGCACAUAAAGCUCGCCAUGGAGUGCCAUGUGGAAGCCACUCCGCACACUCUGAAGAGCUCCGUGCUGAACUCCCUCCAGGUGGCCGCUGAGACCAAGCAGGCCAUCUGGAGCCUGGCGACUGAAUCGAGCGGACCCCUGGUGCAGAGGAUCACCAGGAGCAUCAUGGUGGUGAAGUGCAAAGCCAGCCCCAAGCACACUUUGGGUUUCCUGCACGUUUCAUUCCACGAGAAGGCUCGGAUGAAGGGCGUGACCGAGCGCAAGUUCUACUGCUCCUGCCAGGCUUUCAAAGCCAGCAAAUCGAGCGCCAACAAAGAGGAGCCAGCGAAACGAUGCAUUCACUUCUAUGCAUGUGUCUGUGCCUUUGUCAGCGAUGAGAAGCUGGGGAAAGAAUUUUCCUACUUCAUCAACUUUGAAUCUGUCAGUAGGUGCAGGAGUUCCGGGCUUCAGGCAAGUUCUGAGACACAGUUGCUGGCACUUUACCCUCAGGAGCACACCUCCCAAGCUGCAUCAAGUGCAGUUUCGAAAGCAAAGAAGAAGAAAAAAGAAGACCUAGCUGUGAGUCAACCCAUCGAUGAAUCCCAGGUUACACUGACAUUUCAAGAUUGGCUCGCUAGUGUUACGGAGCGCAUCAAUCAAACGAUGCAUUACCAGUUCGACGGGAAGCCUGAACCACUGGUGUUCCAUGUUCCUCAGAUGUUUUUCGAUGCCCUGCAGCAGAGGAUUUCGAUGGGAAGCAAAAAGAAACGCCUUCCCAACUCCACCACAGGAUUCGUUCGGAAGGAUGCCGUGCCUCUGGGGACAUUCUCCAAAUACACUUGGCAGAUCACAAACAUUCUUCAGGUCAAGCAGAUAUUUGAUACCCCAGAGAUGCCCCUGGAGGUCACUCGCAGUUUUGUUGAAAACCGCGACGGCACCUACGAGCUGUUUAAGUGUCCGAAGGUGCAGGUAGAGAGCAUUGCCGAGGCCUAUGGCCGAGUGGAGAAACAGCCAAGCAUUCGACCGCUGGAACUCAAGACUUUCCUGAGAGUCGGCAACAUGUCCCCUGAGCAGAAGGAACCCACUCCGUUUAUUAUCGAAUGGAUCCCAGAUAUUCUGCCCAAAUUGAAGAUCGGGGAAAUGAGAAUUAAGCUGGAGUAUGGUCAUCACCGGAACGGACAUGUUGAGUACAGAGAACAGCAGCCACCUUCAGAACAAAGCCUCGAGCUGAGCCCUUCCCUCGCCACCAUUAACAUCCACUGAAAUCAGGGAGUCGCUCGGCCAUCGCCGUCGCCUCUUGUGUUUUGGGAGGCAGGUAAGAGAAAGAAAAUCCCAAACACUGGUCUCAGGGGACGCAAAAGGAACUCCGGAAUCGAGCUUGAAGUUUGAUGAAGAUCUCAAGUUGAAACUGUGUGAGUUUGAAGGCUUGGUCUCCUCUGAAUGAGGACCAGGUUGUAUUUAAUGGCACUUAAUAUGUUUGACUCUUCAACCUGCAAUCCAAAGCACUCAUUUCUUUAGACGUUGAAACUGCAUCGAAGUAAUUUAAAUCUCCUUGUGGUGAGCAUCAGCUCCGUUUUGAUUUCCUUCCUCUCCAGUGUAGGAAGUUGCUGAUAUAUCAUGCAAAUACUAAACAACACUCACCCACAGGAGGUCCAUUUGACCUGGGUCUGCUGCUUCUACCUGGGUUGAUUCCUUUCUGUUGUCGGGGAUAUUGACUCAAGUUUGUGUUGCAGUAUGUCUCAAAAAAAAACAAAAGUCAGAGAUGUGCUGUGGUAUCUACAGAAAUGCUACACUUGUUUUCUCCAUGUCCUGAGAGUCUGUCAACACUGGAGACACUUGUGUCAGACUCUCUCAGGACGAGCAAUCACCUGACACCUUCUGAGGUGGCAUUUUGGAAAGUAUCACUGGCAGCAGAUAAGGGCCCAUUCAAAAUGCAAAAGCUGUGGAGAACAGUCAAAAUGAAAAAGUUUAUCCUUGCAGAACACAUAACAGUGAUCACAAAAAAAACUGCAAAAAUGAAUUCAAAACAACAACAGUUUUUGACAUUUUUCAUGAUUCCAUACAGUGUGCCUGACCAACAGAUCUGAAUAACAAUCUGUACUUAUAGUAUAGCACCUCAUCAUGCCCCAACACGCUUCACAACUUAUUAUUUUUCAAGUGCAGGAGACCAAAGCAACAAAGUUCCAGCAGUAGCAAUGGAGAUAAUUUUUUUUAAUUUCACUGAUGGUGUUGCUGAAGGUGAAACAUGGAACUGAGAUCACCUGCUGCUCUUAGAAUGCACUAUUCAAUCAGACGCAUCUGAAAACGCAUCUGGAAUCUUGGUUUCACACCUCAAGACAGCAGGUCUGAAUGUGCAGCAUUUCUCCAGUACUGCAUUGUGGUGUCCGCCUAGCUCAUUUGCUGAGGUCCUAUAAUGGCCUUGAACCUCUAACGUUCUAAGACAGAGCUGAGAAGAGGAAAAAUACUCCUUCUUUUCUGUUGAAUAUUUUCCUCUCUCAGUUGUUCUCCACACCUGUGGAUCUGUAAGUUGCAUUCUCAGAGUACUUCUCAGGAUCUCCUAAAGCCUAAUGUCGUCAACGAGGUGUUUUUGAAGUUAGUCCUGGUUAUACGAUAGAGCAAUGCAGCAACCAUUUCAGCAUAGUGCUGUCCAGAAACACCAGUCAGAACUGAAGACCAGUGAUAUCAGACAUGAAACAUUAACCAUUUUUUUUCCUUCCACAGAUGCUGCCAGACCUUCUGAGUUUCUCCUGCACUGUCUGUUAGUAUUCCUCUCGAAUAAAUCCUGUCUGUAUCAGCAGUUUUCACUCUGGUGAAUAAUUGAUUGUGUCUGUGUGCAUCCUCCGUACCAUUUGAGUAUUGAAUACUGUUGGCCCAAAUUGGCACUUCAGCAUUGCCAGUCACUGACCUCUGUGAAUGAGAGAGGAACAACUAUCAAUAAUCUGGAGGCAAGAAUCAGACCUGUGACAGCAUGAGGCUCGAGAGAGAGAGAGAGAGAAAGCAGCAAAGUGACCAUGAUGGGUGUCUGCAGUUCAUCAUGCACAUUGCAGCCACAGGCAAUGCUCGAUAUUGAAUCUCGGGACAGGGGCACUAAGCACGUGACUGGCUCUGACUUGUGUGCAUGUUGAGUACUCAGAGAUCUUUGCACUGCAUUCACUUCAAAUUACACCCAGUCGUCAGCUCAGUGCUGUUAUUUUUUUUACCCUACCACCUAACGGAGGUAGUGCUUAUUUAUUUUCCCCAGCAUCCAUGUUGUGUGUGUGCAGCUGUGAGACACAAGGUGCAUGAGUCUUUAUUCGGUUUCCAGCACCAGGAAGAAAGGAAACACCCGAGUGGCCAGUGACAAACAGUGCCCUUCACAUCAAAGGGCAAUGCUGUGUGAUGAAACAGUGAAGGGGAGGGCAGGGAUUAAGUCAAAAUAGUGUUGGAGGGGGAAAUAAUGCACCCCACUCCCUGGGACGCCCACCUCUCCCUGAACAACUCCAGGAUGUUGGUGGACGCCAGUGGUGGUGUUAUUGCUGCAUUUGGUAUAUUACAAAUAAAAGACUUGCACUUUAUUUGCCCAUUAAAGCACAAAAUUGUGAGACUUUACAGAGAAGGCAAUUGUGGCUGUGAAAUUUUAUUUACGCACCCAUCGGAUGUGGGCUUGUCUGGUGAGGCCCGCAUCUAUUGCGCAGCCUGACCUGCCUGGUGUCACAUAGCGGUGAGACUGGGUAAGGAUAAUAGAUUGCUGAUGCACAUUUGUGAACCAGAUGGGUUUUGAAUGACAAUUGACAGUGGCUGUCCACUCUUCCACCAGAUGUUUAAUUCCAGAAUUUUGUAAAAAUUGAAUUACAUUUUACCACCUGCCAGCGUGGUUUUGAACCUCAGAACAUGAGCCUGAGGUUCUGGAUUGUUAAGGCUUGUGACAUUACCCCUGCCUUCCCACUCGGGUUCCAGCCUGCUCCCUGCCAACUGCCUUCCAUCUGGGUCAGCCUGUUCUGAAAUUAGAAGUUGUGUUCGGUUUCCAGUCACAUCUCCCUUCCAUCUCAAAGAUCAUUUCUGGAGCACCAACCAACUGCGUCCCUGCCUCAGUCAGUCUGCUGUAGAAACCUUCACCUUGUGCCUUUGUUACGUCUGGACCUGACGAUCCUCGUACUCUCCCGGCUGGCAUGCCACCUCGGGUCCUUUGCAAAGCGGAGGUCAUUCAAAACUCUGCUGCCUGCAUCCUGGUCCUCAGCAAGUCACUCAUCUGAAAUCAAAAUGUUACAUAAACCAAGGGGAGGAAGGGAGGACAUACAAAAAUGCUGUGAAUAGGAAGAUCUGGUGGUGCCCAGGAAGAGAAGCAGGGUUGGGCACAGACCUGGAUGCCCACUCCCCAAGGAAGCUGCCAGACGUGACGUUUCUUUUGAUUUUGCACCAAGUGCGACUGUGUCUCCUCCUCUGAGAUGUUCUUUAAAUCCUGCUUCUUUGACCGUCUUUAAUAUCUCUUGAGCGUGGCUUGAUGUCGAA